AUGAACUUUACCUUAAUCGGCAUUGUUCACUUUGUAGUGAUGGGGGGCUUGGAAAAGGUGGGUUUGAAAGCUGUUAAAUUAGAGAAAGAAUAUGUUGGGGAAGGAGUGCAAGAGAGAAACCGCCUCAAGGCCCAACAAGAUGAGGGUCGGAAGUUUGCUACUCAAUCUAGACGACAAGAAUCUGAAGAAAAUAAAAGCUCAAAUGCGUUAAGUACUGUCCAGAGCAAUUCAAGUGUAUUGGGGCAGGGACAGUCUCAGGUAGAUGACAGUGGCAUUUCUUGUGCAUCUACUAUAUGUCCAGCACCACUUUGCCGUCAAUUUUGGAAAUCUGGGAAUUAUGAUGAUGGGUUCAGGUCCAAGGUCACACUUCAAAAUGGAAACAGUUAUCUCCAUGUGCACCCCAUGUUUCUUCAUUCAAAUGCCACUUCUCAUAAGUGGGCUUUUGGUGCAAUAGCAGAACUGAUUGACAAUGCAGUCGACGAGAUCCAAAAUGGGGCCACUUUUGUCGUUGUAGAUAAAACCUCAAAUCCGAGAGAUGGAAGUCCUGCAUUGCUAAUUCAAGAUAAUGGUGGUGGAAUGGACCCUGAAGCUAUCCGGCGAUGCAUGAGUUUUGGAUUUUCCGAUAAAAAGUCUAAAACAGCUAUUGGAAAAUAUGGUAAUGGCUUCAAGACCAGCACUAUGAGACUUGGGUCAGAUGUGAUUGUCUUCAGCCGCCACUUGGAUGAUAGGGUAAUGACACAGAGCAUUGGUCUCCUCUCUUAUACAUUUUUGACGCAAACAGGGCACGACAGAAUAGUGGUGCCAAUGGUGGAUUAUGAAUUUAACACAACUGGUAAUUUGGAAAUUUCACAUCGGUAUGAUAAAGAAUAUUUUAUGUCUAACCUUUCAAUGCUCUUGCAAUGGUCUCCCUAUUCAACAGAAGCUGAGCUGCUGAAACAAUUUGAUGACAUUGGAUCACAUGGCACAAAAGCUAUCAUCUAUAAUUUGUGGUUCAGUGAUGAUGGCAAUGUGGAGCUAGACUUUGAUGCAGACCCAGAGGAUAUUCGUAUUGGUGGGGAUGUAAAAAAAGUGCAGGCAAAAUCUGCUUGGAGGACAGUCAAUGAACAACAUAUUGCCAACCGAUUACAUUAUUCACUACGUGCAUAUUUGUCCAUAUUGUACCUGAAAAUACCAGAAACUUUCACAAUAGUACUGCGUGGGAAAUUCGUUGAGCAUCAUAAUCUUGCCCUUGAUCUCAAAUUUCAAGAAUUCAUUGUUUAUAGACCUCAAAGUGUUGGAUGCAAAGAGGGUGAAGUCCUAACUACAAUUGGGUUUUUAAAAGAAGCUCCACAUGUCACUGUCCACGGUUUCAAUGUCUACCACAAGAACCGUCUUAUACUGGCAAGUGUCUUUAAAUUGAAAGGUUUUACCUUUGCAUUGUCAGAUGUGAUAAUAUUGUUCUCAUUGGGCAUUCUUCUGCCGUUUUGGCCUGUUGUGAGCUAUGCUGACAGUAGAGGCAGAGGGGUGGUUGGUGUUCUGGAAGCAAAUUUUGUUGAGCCCACUCAUAACAAACAGGAUUUUGAGAGAACUUCCCUGUUUCAGAAGCUUGAAAGUCGAUUGAAGGAGAUGACAUGGGAGUACUGGGAUUUUCACUGCGGACUGAUUGGGUACCAAGUCAAGAAAAAGCUUCCACCAACAGGGUCUCCAGAAGAUUCACCUCCUGGCAUGUCAAAUGGUGGUAGCAAGAAACAUGUCAUGGUGAAUCAUGGUAUGCCAAAUGGCGGUAAAACAAAACCUGUCACAUUGAGUCAAAAUCUCCCUUCUAUUAGUGUGAAGGCAGCAUCUGCUGCAGGACUAUCAUCAAAGAGGAAGGAACAUAGUGAUUUAAACAAAUUUGAAAGCAUGAAACGGCAGGCUGGGACAAGGGCCAACACUCACAGUUUGGAAAUAAAGAAUUCAUUGUCCAUUGUGAAGGUGACACAACUAAGAAGUGAACUAGGAGAUGUUCAACGGGAGUAUGAUAGGCUUAUGGCUGAAUUAACAUCAUUAGAUACAGUCAAGGAGGAAAAGCAUGUACAUAUCUAG